AUGGGGUCCAUUCUCGAGGAGCACAACGUGCGGCUGCUGGGUUCGCCGGACUCCUCGGCGUCGGAGCUCGUGGUGCUAGGCCACGGGUUCGGAACAGACCAAUCCGUGUGGCAGCACAUCGUGCCGCACCUACUAGACGACGACUACCGCCUCCUGCUCCUAGACCUCAUGGGCGCGGGGUCGACCAACCCGGACAACUUCUCCUUCGCGCGCUAUUCGUCGCUGCACGGGUACGCGGACGAUCUGCUGGCGAUUCUGGAGGAGGUGGGCGCGCAGCAGUGCACGUACGUGGGGCAUAGCGUGUCGGGCAUGAUCGGGUGCAUUGCGGCCAUUGCUCGCCCCGAGGCGUUCAAGAAGAUUGUGCUCAUCGGCGCGUCGCCCAGGUACCUGAACGACGUGGAUUACCUUGGAGGCUUCGAGCAGGAGGAUCUGAACCAGCUGUUGGCCGCCAUGCACUCCAACUUCCCUCUCUGCUUGUGGCUGUGCUCCAUCCGCACACAAACUCUCUCCGUUCGCUUCCUUCCCCCGUCCCAUCCUGGCGACCUCCCCCUUCCUGCGUCCCUCCCCCACCACCUUCCCUCUUCCCUCACAUUCUUGUUCCCCUCCCUUCCGCCCUCCACCUAUUGCGACCCCCUCUCCACCGCCUCCCUCCACUCCCUCCUCCCUCCCACCAGGUACUUGAACGACGUGGAUUAUUUCGGGGGCUUCGAGCAGGAGGAUCUGAACCAGCUGUUCGCCGCCAUGCACUCCAACUUCCGUGCGUGGGUAUCCGGCUUCGCGCCCCUGGCAGUGGGCGCGGACAUCAACUGUGCGGCGGUGCAGGAGUUCAGCCGCACCUUCUUCUGCAUCCGCCCCGACAUCGCUCUCUCCGUCUCCAAAACCAUCUUUCAAUCCGACAUGCGCUCCAUCCUGCCGCAGGCGUUCAGCCGCCGCACCUUCUUCUGCAUCCGCCCUGACAUCGCCCUCUCUCCAUCCGUCCGCAUGUCGCUCCAUCCAUGCGCUCCUUCCAGUCCGACAUGCGCUGCUGCGCUCCAUCCUGCCUGCCCCAGGUGGUGCCAACUACCCCUCCUCACGCUCUCCGUGUGCUGCUCUGGAGGGGUGCAUGUGGAGUGGUUUCUCCGCUCCAUGCGCAUCGUUUCAUCCGUUUCUUCUCUCCUUGCCCUCCCACCUUGA